AUGAAUCGUGGCGUGGCGGUGAAGAUUAAAUACUUUGACGAGAAUGGAGGCUGGUCGGAGAGGAAAAGCGGUGCGGCGGCCAGCGCCGUCUUUGCGGCGAAGAACAUCGCCGUGGCCAACGUGGACAUGAACCACCUCGAGCCCGCCGACGUGGACCGGCUGCAGGACCUCGUCGCGACGAGUGCGCCGACCGCCGUGGUGAUGCAGAACGUCUCACCGGCGACCCUCACGCGCAUUAAGACCUACCCACAAAUCCGCAAGGCCUAUGCCGUGAUGGAGACGAGCCGCUGUGAGCAACAGGAGGACAGCACCAUGGCGCUGCUCCGCCUCGGUCUGCAGUGUGAGCCGACCGAGGUGCCCAAAACGGACGGCAAACAGGCGUUUCGUGCGCUAGUGCAGGUGAACAUCCGCGUCCCCAACGGGCCGUCGCUCUCCAUCACGGUGCUCCACAUGGAGCCCGGCGCCUCUCGCCGGCUGACCUUCGCCAUGGCACUACUGCGGGCCCACCCCAACGUAGACAUCGCGGUGCUCCUUAGCAACGUGACGGACGGCAUGAACCCCAACGGAGACUCGUACCGCGAGCUGCAGUCCAACCGCGCGACGGCCGGCUUUGUGGAUGUGAUGGAGGAGGGCAUGGAGCGCACAUCGAACUGGACAACGCCGUGGACGGUGUGGCUGAAGAGCACCAAGUACAGCAUCGUCGCCUCCACAGCAGAGCUCUUCGUCGGGCAGGAGCCGCGCUUUCUGUCCACCACGCUCGGGGUGCGGGGGCAGGCAAACCCGAACUCCACCAUCGCCAUACCAAUGCCGCGGAGCGCCAAGUCGGGCCGCACCCGCAGCCCCAGCGCGACGCCGCUCAGCGGGACGCCGCAGCAGCCGCUGGCCGACCCGGCCAUCCUCAGCGCCGAGACGGUGCGGACGACGACCCCCUCCCCCCAGCCGAACUCCUCGGCCACGGAAAUCAUUCAGCGCCUCAUGCGGCAGCAGCAGGCGACGCAGCAGCGCUGGAAGGCGGCACACUCUUUUGUGCUGAAAGGCACCGACACGAAGCUGUCCUCCACCGAGGCGCUCUACGACGUCUCGCCGCACUUCGCCAACCCGAACGACGCGACCGACGCGCUCAACUCGAAGGCGCUCAACUGGCCCGCGGAGUUCUGCGUGGUGCAAAACACCGUCCUCUGCGCCGACAGUGUCGCCCACUGCGAUCGCCAGGCGUUCCGCCGCUACGUGCGCGAUAACAAGACGAACAUGAACCUCACCUCGCAGAUCAUGGCCGCCACCACCGCCUUCGCUGCGGCUGCGGCGGCAGCCCCGAUAGCCACCCCCGUUGCGGCCGCUGGGGCGGGCAGCGCCGGUGUCGCUGCUGCGGCAGGACCUGCUGCGGCGCACACGGGGGAUAAGCAGUGGACCAAGUCGACGGCGCGGACGGAGAUGGAAGACUUCAUCAACUUCCAGCGCCAGCUGAAGGAGUCGGUGCGUCGCGAAUGGAGCGAGUCCUGCUGCGUCAUUGUGUAUCAGAUUACCCCACGCGAGAUGAAGUUCAACGUCACGCAGGCGAUCGGCUUGGGGAAGGACAACUUGAAGAAGGCGAUCCACUAUCUGAACCACGCCAAGACGACCUCGAAGGAAACAAACCCGCUGCACGACUACCCCUACGACUACGCGCUUUUGUUCUCUGUGGAGCGCCAGGGGUAUUGGCUGAUUGCCGCCACACACGUUCCGUGUGACAUCGUUGCGUGCCGCAUGGUUGUUUGA